AGAAAUGUGAGAGAUAAUUAAGUAAUAUCACUUAUAAAAAAUGCCCUUGCCAAGCCAGCUGCCUGACGAUUUUAAUGUAACUGCAGCUGAAACUUCUUCUAAACUCCUAGUAUGGGCAAGACGCUAUGUUAUCUUGAAAAAAAUUGGAUCAGGAAAUUUUGGAAAUGCUUUCUUAAUUGAAGAUAAAGAAGCAAGGCAUAUAGAUGAAAAGCAGAAAGUGUUGAAGCAGGUAUGUGUUGGGCCUGUCGAUCCUGGUGAAACAGUUGAUGCAAUGCGUGAAGCAAGACUACUUGCUCGUAUGAAACACAAAAACAUCGUUCAGUUUCAUGAGAGCUUUCUUGAUGGACAGUUUUUCUGCAUUGUGUUGGAAUACUGUGAGGGUGGGGACAUGGAAGGUAAAAUCAAGGAGUACAAGGAAAAAAAUGAGCACAUAAAUGAACAGCAGGUUAUAAAAUGGCUCAAACAAAUACUAAAAGCUAUUCGUCAUAUGCAUGAAAGUCGUGUGCUGCACAGAGACCUGAAGAGUCGAAACAUUUUCCUUAAAAAUAAUCAGAUCAAGAUUGGAGAUUUUGGGAUUUCACGAAUUUUAAUGGGGGAGUCUGAUAAAGCGAGUACCUUUGUAGGAACUCCAUACUAUAUGAGCCCUGAAGUCCUGAAGCAUGAGAAAUAUGAUGAGAAAUGUGACAUUUGGUCUUUGGGUUGUGUAUUAUACGAGAUAUGCUGCUUCAACCAUGCGUUUGAUGGUUCCUCACUCAUGGCAGUAAUGUUCAAAAUAGUUUCCGAAUACAAUCCAGCUCUACCUGACGUCUAUUCUCGUGCACUCAAUAAUAUUUUAGAAAGGUUUUUGCAUCGUGAGCCACAAAAACGACCGACUGCAAAAGAAAUCUUAGAACACCCUCUGUUUGUUAAGCAAAAGACAUCUGUCAUAAAAUCGGAGCAACGCUUGACAGCCAGACAACGAUUAAAAUUGAAGAAACAAAUAGAAGCUGAUAAGAAAAUGCAACAACUCAAAGAGAUGACUCGGCAAAAUUUUGAACAAAAAGGGAAAAUUCGUCGCGAAUCAAAAGAAAGAAAUUUUUCUCGUUCCUUCUUUAACAACAGCAUGGAAUUAAACGGAUCUGAGCUCAGGUCGUCCUCUCAUAUGAUUCUUCAUGAUCAUGAUGAAACAUUGCGUGAAAAUCAUGAAGAUGAACUUCACGGGACAGUUGUGUUUCAAACCCUAAAAUCUUCCAAUACAUUGCAAGACAAUCUUAUAUCACCAAUUGAUUCUGGAAAUACCAUCCAAUCAAAAAAUCUUCCUGAUCCUCACAUGUCCUCCACUGAUGAGUUGGUUGCCACUCUCCUCCGAGAUGGAAUCAUCCCAGAGGAUGGGGAUCUUGCCGACACAUUCUACUCCUCCCAUGACGACUUUGAGGAAGCUUCUUCCUCCUCUUCCUGCUCCGAAGAGCUCCCAGAGGACAUCCUCAGUGAUACAGAGUACAGGGACAUGGUAGGGUGGAUGGAGGACGCACUCUUCCUAGAAGACUCCACUUCCCGGAUGACAACAAGAGCAUCUUUUGAUAAAAAAUACAAAACAGAUGAAAUAAAACACGUAUUCCACCACGACGACGAACCUGUCACGUCGCAUUUAAAUAACAAGGAGUAUUUCCCAGGUAGCAUGACCGCAAAGCCUAAACAAGUACACCAAGAAAUACCAGUUCGUCCUCAUACAUCUACGGGCCCUUUAUCGUCGUUCAACACUUCGGUCGCCGAUCAGAGAAUCUUUAAUUUUCGCCAACGCUGCGUCUCGAAACUAGGCGAGGACGUUUUCGCUAAGGCGUACGAAAUCGCCAAGCAAAUUCGCUUCAACGUUUCUGGAGAAAACUCUAUCAGGAGAAAGCUGGCAGAGCUCGUACCCGACUCCAGCAAAUGCAUGGACCUUGAGCAGCUUGUGUUUCUCGAGCAAGAAAGAAAUCAAGGCCUAUAAUUUACACGGAACUAACUCAGCGCCAAACCUUACUUCGUCCACGAUUUUACCUCAUACGAAUAAUACUAUUCCAUGUAAUAUUUUAUUCUAUUCUGCGUGUAUGAGCUCUUGCGGCGUGACACGCCAUCGGACUUAAUAUUUAGGCCAGAAUAAGCCUAUUACCUUUUUAAAUAAUAAUGUUUAUGAUUUUUUGUGUUGAUUUUUACGCAAUAUCAUUUUUUACCCGGUUUUAAAUUGACAAUUACGCCUUUACACACCGUUUGUGCUUAAACAAUAUUUCUACAGUACUAAAUAAUACCACUGUUUUAAAUUUGAUUUUCAUUUGUAGUUAUAAUUAAGUAUUCCGAACCGUACUGUUAAAUUUAUAGGUACACUGUUAUAUUAUAUUUGUACGAGUUAUUUUACAUCAAAUACAUUCACAUUAAGUCAUCUUUUUAACACCAACGUCCGCCAUAUUUUUUAGCGUCUUGUUCAUUUUUCUUAAAUUCUUUAGUAUUUUAUAUAGUUAUAUAGUAGGGUGGGGUAAGAUGAUUACCGUUAGCGCAUAAUACCCCAUAUUUCGCAAUUUAACAAUUAAAAAAGCUCUUAGAGUCGUAAGGAUACAGUUAUAUGAGUCUUUAUGAAAUUUCUUUUUAUACCAAAUGGGACGAUAAAUAGGAAUAAAAGCACGGACCAUCUUACCCCACCCUCAUAUAUGUUUAUCGUGUAUGCGCGACAUUUAGUCUAUUAAUUGUGUUGUCUUGUUUGCACUUGAAGGUAAAGUAUUAAACCGGUACCGUGUUCGUA